AUGGCCAAGCUCAGCUGGCUUCUGACCUCUAGUCUUUCUUUUGCCUGUCUUUCCACAGCACUUCCUGCUGGCUCUCUUUUGAAAUCGCAACCUCAGUCUUUUAUCUCUCCUACUAACUACAGCGUUCCUUUUCUGAUUCAGAACAAGACCGCGCAGCCCUGGAACCCAGUCUCCCCUCACUCGCACGGGGGCAACCUCACUUAUCCCCACCAGAAGCGAGCCAGCUGCGGCGGUCCCACCCCGGACAGCCCCAGCACCUUCUGGUAUGAGAGCAUCACUCAUAACGGCGAAUCCUCCUUCCUCGACUCCUCCUACAAGGCCAACUACAAGGUCUUCCGCAACGUCGUCACCGACUAUGGCGCCGACAACACCGGUGCCACCGAUGCCUCUACCGCCAUUCAGAAUGCCAUCAAAGCCGGAGCCUCCAACGGCCCUGACCGCAGCAGCGGCUCCAUGGGCACCACCGGCCAGCCGGCCGUGGUAUACCUGCCCGCCGGCACGUACCGACUCGACAGCCCCCUGCAGCUCUACGUUGGCACCGUCUUUGUGGGAGACGCUCUGAAUCCGCCCACCCUCAAGGCCAGCGCCAACUUCCCUACCGACCACAUUAUCUACGGAAAGGAUCCCAAGUUGGGCGGAACCAUUAACUUCUACAUCGCGUUCAAGAACGUGAUUAUCGACUCGACCAGUGUUUCCACCUCGACUGCCAUCACCUUGCUGGAUUGGACCGUCUCGCAGGCGACCCAGCUGACCAAUGUGGUCUUCAACAUGCCCGACAACUCGAACCACGUGGGUGUGACGAGUCAGUAUGAUUCGAACAGUAACAUCAUCCUGAAUGACCUGACCUUCUACGGCGGUGCCAUCGCCAUGGAGCUGAGCGGCCAGCAGUGGAUCCUCAAGGGCAUCAACAUCAACGGCGCCAACGUCGGUAUCAAGGCCGGUGCCUUCGAGCUCGUCUGCCAGGACUGCACGCUUCAGAACGGCGCCACCGGUAUCGACGCCAGCAGCAUCUCCGGCUCCCUGACGGUGAUCGACUCCACGGCCAACUACCUGGGCAACAUGAUCAUCUCCUCCAACGCCGGCGGCAGCGCGCAGAACUCUAUCAUCCUCGACAACGUCGCCUGCACCAACAGCGGCAGCACCGUCUCGCUCAACGGCAACGCCGUCCUGACCGGCUCCGUUACCAACACUUGGGUCCACGGCAACCUGUACUCCGGCGGUGCAACCACCCCGGCCUACGAGCAGGGGCUGAGCGUGACCACCGCGCGCGCCGACGUCCUCCUCGACUCCAACGGCAAGUACUUCACCAUGGCCCCGCCCACCUACUCCCAGUACUCGGCCAGCCAGUUCAUCAACAUCAAGAGCGUCUCCGGACUCCCCGUGUACGGCGACGGCGCCACGGACGACACCGCCAACAUCAACGCCAUCCUGGCCCAGUACGCCGGCUGCAAGAUCAUCUACUUCCCCGCCGGGACCUACAUCGUCACCGACACCAUCCUGAUCCCCUCGGGCUCCAUCAUCAUCGGCGACGCCUACGCCUCCGCCAUCAGCGCCACCGGCGGCAACUUCUACAACCCCGAUGCCCCCACGACCAUGGUCCAGGUCGGUAACUCCGGCGACGUGGGCACCGCCCAGAUUUCGGAUAUGCUCUUCACCGUCGCGGACGUGCUGCAGGGCUGCAAGCUGGUCGAGGUCAACAUCGCCGGCUCGACGCCGGGAGCCGUGGGACUGUGGAACUCGCACUUCCGCAUCGGUGGCGCCGCCGGCAGCAAGGUCCAGACCAACUGCUACGGCAACCCGGACAUCUGCAAGGCCGCAUGGGGCCUGAUCCACCUAACGGCGACCUCCUCGGCCUACAUCGAGAACAUGUGGGGCUGGACGGCCGACCACAACCUGGAUGGCAACCUGGAAUCGACCACCGUCUCGACCGGCCGCGGCAUGCUCGUCGAGGCCACCAAGGGCACCUGGCUCGUCGGUACCGCCAUGGAGCACAACACCCUGUACCAGUACAACUUCGAGUACGCCUCCAACGUCCUCAGCAGCUUCCAGCAGAGCGAGACCCCGUACUGGCAGGGCUGGGGCGCCCCCAGCUCCGGCAUCGCCCCCGCCCCCUGGACCGACAACCUCAUCGCCAGCGAUCCCACCUUCAGCGAAUGCGACGCCGAUGACGUCGGCUGCCGCAUGGCCUUCUUCGAGCGCAUCCGCGGAUCGAGCAAUUUGUUCCUGUACGGCGGCGGUGUCUGGGUCUUCUUCAACCACGGCGGCAGCUGCACGGGCGACUGCCAGGCGAAUGCGAUUCGCAUUCUGUCCAGCGAGGGCAGCGUCUAUCUGUACGGCACGAACGUCAAGGCCAUCACCAAUAUCGUGAAGGAGAACAAGGUCGACGCGGCGCUGGAGAGUGAUAACAAGGGUGGUUGGGGUGGUGUCGUGGCGGCCUAUCUUCACAGUGCGGAUGGCGCGACCUCCUCGGGUGGUAGCAGCAGCAGUGGUAGUAGCGGCAGCAGCGGCAGCAGCGGCGGCAGCAGCAGCAAUGGACCUGCGGUGACCGGCAAUGGGCUCAACUGGUAUAGUUCGUCGUUGACCGACGGCGCCACAGCCUACGAGGACCCCGAGUACUACUACUGCUUUGGCGGAGCCGCGGCCAACUUCCCCCCGUUCGCGAACUGGAUGGGCUUCACCGAGAUGUUCGACCUGAACCAGCAGACCUCGAUGGCAUUGGUCGAAGACGGUCCCAUCCAGGGUGAUAUCUGGAACGCUAUUGUGCAGGUCUCGGCUGAUGCAAAGGUUGAUCCGAGAUUGGUUCUGGCUGUUGUUAUGCAGGAGUCCAGCGGCAACGUCUACGUCGGCUGCACCAACAACGGGGUCGAGAACUGCGGCCUGAUGCAGGCCUACGCCGGCUCCACCUCUUUCGACGCCAGCGACCCGCAGGGCAGCAUCACUCAGAUGAUUGUCGACGGCACGCAGGGCACCGCCGCCGGCGGAGGUCUCGUCCAGUGGUUCAACGACGACAAUGUCGGUGCCAACACAGGCGGAAACCCGUACAAUGUGCUGCGUGGCUACAACUCGGGCAGCAUCAACUUCAACGAUCUGGAUGAUCCCCAGGAUGCUACCGGGUCGUACGUCAGUGAUAUCGCCAAUCGCUUGCAGGGGUGGAACGGAAAUGAUGGACACGGAUACCGGGCUGCUUGUGGAUGGUGA